CUGAGAAUAUAUUGUUUCCAUGGUAACAGGCAGGAAGUUGGGGUUCACCAUAGACCUGGGGAAACUCCACAAUGUGUCUUUGGGUCAGGGUCAGGAGGCUGUGGCUGAGGUCGCCAUGGAGAUGGCUGCUAAGGAGGGACACUGGGUCAUUUUACAGAAUAUCCACCUGGUGGCUCGCUGGCUGGGGUCGUUGGAGAAGCUUCUGGAACGCUGCUGUGAGGGCAGUCACCAGGACUACAGAGUGUUUAUGAGUGCUGAGCCUGCCCCCACACCACAGGAGCACAUCAUCCCUCAGGGCAUCCUGGAGAAUGCCAUCAAGAUCACCAACGAGCCUCCCACUGGCAUGCAUGCCAACCUUCAUGCUGCUCUGGACAACUUCGACCAGGACAUAUUGGAUCAGUGCAGUAGAGAGCAGGAGUUUAAGACCAUCCUGUUCUCUCUGUGUUAUUUUCAUGCCUGUGUGGCUGAGAGGCGUAAGUUCGGUCCUCAGGGUUGGAACAGGAAAUACCCCUUUAACACUGGAGACCUCACCAUCUCUGUCAACGUGCUCUGCAACUACCUGGAGGCCAACUCACAGGUGCCGUGGGAGGACUUGCGCUAUCUGUUUGGAGAGAUCAUGUAUGGAGGUCACAUCACAGACGACUGGGACAGAAGACUCUGUAGAACCUACCUGGAGGAAUAUAUGCAGCCCAACCAGUUUGACAGGAAGUUGGCUCUGGCUCCGGGCUUUGUGGUUCCCUCCAACCUGGACUACCAGGGUUACCAUGAUGAGAUGCUGCCCCACGAGAGCCCGGUGCAUUAUGGACUACACCCCAACGCAGAGAUAGAGUUUCUGACGGUGACCUCUGAUAACCUCUUCCACACACUGCUGGAGCUGCAGUCACCUGAUUCUGUGAUGGGAGAGGGGGCUUCACAGACCGUAGAGGAGAAGGUGAAGACCAUCCUAGACGAGGUGUUGGAGAAGCUUCCAGAAGAGUACAACAUGUCAGACAUCACGUCUAAGACUGCUGAGAGAUCACCAUACAUCCUGGUCUGCUUCCAGGAGUGUGAACGUAUGAACACGCUCAUCUACGAGAUACGACGCUCACUCAAGGAGCUGGACCUGGGGCUGAAGGGUGAGCUGGCUAUCUCCUCAGAGAUGGAGCAGAUCCAGUCAGCUCUGUUCUUUGAUAACGUCCCAGACACCUGGACCAAACUGGCCUACCCCUCCACUUACAGCCUGGCCCAGUGGUAUAAUGACGUGUUGCUGCGCUGUAGAGAGCUGGACAGCUGGACACAGGACCUGGCUCUGCCCACCGUCGUCUGGCUGUCUGGACUCUUUAACCCACAGUCCUUCUUAACAGCGGUGAUGCAGUCUCUGGCUCGUAAGAAUGAGUGGCCGUUAGAUAAGAUGAACCUGACUGUGGAUGUGACUAAGAAAUGUAAGGAAGAGUUCAACCAGCCUGCCAGAGAGGGAGCAUACGUAUACGGACUAUACAUGGAAGGUGCAAGAUGGGACACUCAGGGUGGGGUGAUCACUGAGGCUCGUCUGAAGGAGUUUACCCCCUCCAUGCCAGUCAUCUCAGUCCGAGCCGUACCUAACGACAGACAGGAGACGCGUAACAUCUAUGAGUGUCCCCUGUACAAGACCAAGCUGAGAGGAACCACUUAUGUCUGGACCUUCAGCCUCAAGACCAGAGAGAGACCAGCCAAGAGGGUACUGGCUGGGGUGGCACUGCUGCUCAGUGUGUGAGCUGUCAGGGUAGGAACUCUGCUUGUGAGAGAAAUGAGGUGAAGGUGGAGAAGGAUGAGGGGCCUGAUGCUCUACAAGACUGUUGGUUAAAAGGGGCUUUUUUGAGGGUGGAAAGAGGCAAGGUAGUUUUUUCUUUAGUUAUUCGUAGGGUGUGUAUUUUCUGCAUUAUGUUGCUAAGUGUGAGAAAAGUUAUUUUAUGUAAAAUACGCAUGUUUUACUACAUAUCCCUCAAACCAGGUUUCAUGCUGCUAUUGAAAUAUAAAAGGAAUUUGUAUAGUACUGUUUUAGCACCUGAAAGCUAUAUGAAAAUGUAUAAAGCUAUAUUAAGUUUUUUUUAUAUGAAUUAGUAUGAAUAUAUCUGUAUUUUUCUGAAUUUAUUGAAAAACAAUACAGUACAAGCUGCAAAAUAGUUUCACACAUUUGAUCACAGUAAGAACCCAUUACUUCAAAGCUUAUUAUUUUGAACAAAUCAACUGUAUCGUCUAACAAGUGUACAAAUCUAAAAGCAGAAAACAUUGGAUGGUACCCUUUACCUAGUCCUAGCAUCUAAAAAGGAGUGGUGUUCAAGUGCUCUAUGGUCUAUGUAACACUUGUUAAUAUGGCACAUCAGUUACAUGUCACUUUAAAAGCUUCAAUAGACUAGGGCCCGGUUUCCCAAAAGCAUCCUAAGGCUAAGUUCAUUGUUAGAACUUUAUGGAUGAACUUAGCCUUAGGAUGCUUUUGGGAAACCGGGCCCAGAACAACAUGACAGUUAGCAGGAGGAAAUCCACACUGCUCAUAAUUCUUCACUAUUAUCCCCUACAGUCCUCACACACAGGGGCGUGUAUACGUUUGGCUUCAAUUAAAAA